AUGAGUGAACUAUCUGAUGCCGAAAAGCGAAGGCUUUUGAAGGAGAGAAGGCAAAAGAAAUUUGCCAAUGGUGGAGCCAGCUCUCGGUUGAACAAGAUUACCGGCCAAGCGGAUAGUCAUUUGAGCACAACUUCGCCUUUAGAGAACGAAAAGAAAGUUACACCCACCACCAACUUGGGUGGAGCAACUGCAUUCUCUGAAGAUGCAGGAAAAAAACAAUUCUCAAGUCCAACUGUUACUAGUGACACGACUACUGAGGAGAAGGAUAGAAAUAUUGAAGUGGAGCUGCUAAAGCAAUUAGCUGGAGCGCAAAAGCAAGAUGGCUCUUCCCCUGACUUGUUUUCGUUGCUCAAGUCAAUGAAUCCGGGUGGCGAUACUCCUGAUUUAUCCGGUAUGUUACCAGAAGAAGCCGUUUCUCCUGUUGACCAGGCACUAUUGAACUACCAUGAUUACCUAGUUAAUCGAUUGAAGGCGUGGAGUAUUCUAAUAAAAUGGUGCUGUUUCCUACUUCCUUACAUGUACCUGGUCACAAGAGACGGAAGGCCAUCCGUGUUUCAAGUACCAAAGAGUUUGUCAAUUUUGACCGACCCUUCGCACUUCUUCAUGGUCUUCACAUCUUUCGAAAUUGUUGCUGUCUCUAUAUUUUACCAAAGACUACAAACAAUUGAAAGGACCAACAAGGUCAACACUCUGCAUAAUACUAGCAAGAUCGUAAAACUAUCUUCUCUAAUUCCUGAAGGAGUGCUACCUAUCUCAAACAUCAAAGGUAAAAUUGUCCAGGUCCUACAGUAUUGGGAUGUUCUGUCAAUAUUUCUAACAGAUGUGUGCUUUGUCUUAGUGUUUCUAGGUAUUAUGAUGUAUAUUUAA